UUCAAAAAAUUACUAAAAUGGCUUGGACUGGACUGUACAAUGACAUCAAUAGCUGGCGGUGGUCUUAUCAAAAUCAGAAAAUUGCAUUUAGCACUUGGAGCUCUGGAGAACCAAACAACUAUGGUGGAUAUGAGGCAUGUGGUUUGAUGCAUGGUAGCUCAUGGAAUGAUUAUGAUUGCAAUGGUCUAUAUCCAUUUUUUUGCUUCAAUGAGAAUGGAGCAAACAGGUUUGUUUUCAUCAGUGAUACCAAGACCUGGAAGGAUGCUCAGAGCUACUGCAGACAGUAUUACACAGAUCUGGUCAUCAUUCAAAAUCAAACUGAGAAAAACCAGCUGACUGUGCUGAUGAGUCCAUAUGCAAGUGCUUGGAUUGGUCUGUUCAGAGAUGUGUGGAAAUGGUCAGAUGCAACGAAUGUCUCCAGUGUCUCCUUUACAAGGUUGCAUUUACAAUCUGGGCUGCAUAGUCCUUGUGGUGUUUCAGAUCCUGGUGGUAUAAUCAGUUAUCAGGACUGCUCAAACGUCCUUCCAUUCCUCUGCAUGCACCGUACAAAGAAACAAAUAGUAAGAUUGAGGGUCAAAUCUGGUCAGAAUCUUAAUGAGCCUGCAGUGAUAAAUGCUAUCUUACAGUGGACAAAACAGAAGCUGGAGGAAUGGGGGAUAGAAAAGGAAACAAAACUGACAUGGAGAGUUUAGUCAAAUGGA